GAUCUUCUUGCUUCCUUCUUCUUCCCUCGCGAUCAUGAACCCGAAGGCUCUGCUCAUACUCUUGGCCGUGGCACUGGUAACUAUCUUGGCGCUGGUUUCUGUUCUACUAUCUGGAGCAGGAAAGUCUGCAGAAAGCUGUUCUUCUCAGCCCCAACAUGGAAAUCUUAAAGCCAACGUAGCACCGCAGAAAAGGGACAAGGGCUCAGUAUUUUCUGACCUGACACCGGAAGAGUUCUCUGCAACGGUGGACUACCUUAAAAGAAAUCUCGGCAAGAAAUUGGUCAAUCCAGCUGAUGCGAAGCCUUCAGAAAACUGUAUUUACUAUGUGGAUGUUAAAUACCCCCAAAAACAACAGGUUCUAGAUUACUUAGAUCGAGAGGGAGAAAAGCCCAAACGGGAAGCUCUUGCUGUUGUCUUUUUUGGAGAUCAGGAGGAACCUAACAUUACAGAAUAUGUGGUAGGUCCUCUUCCUAAUCCGUCAUACUUCCAUGAUAUUACGUUAGAAAAAUACAAAGAGAAACUUCCUUAUUACCGGCGGCCUGUGAUUGGUAAAGAGUACGCCGACGCUUAUAGCUUUAUGUAUGAAAAGGAAUUUUCUACAGCACCGCAGUUUUUAAAAGCCCUUGGGUAUGAUGGAUCCAACUUUGCUGCUCUUACCACAACUCCGAGAGGUUUCAAAUCUGGAGAGAGAAGAACCUGGUUCGUUCUAUUUCUCAAGAUGGCAGAAAGUUGUUUCUCUGUCCAUCCAGUUGGGCUGGAGAUACUCCUGGACCACAGAAGUCUUGAUGUCUCCCAGUGGAAAGUCAUAAAAGUCUUCUACAAUGGUGAUUUCUUCUCGAAUAUGGCCGAUCUGGAGAAGCAAUUCAAUUCCGGCAAAGUUGAUGUGAUAAAAAUCCCAAAAGUUAAACCAGAAGAUGAUAUCGGCUCUAUGAAUCCAAAGGUCAGUCCUCAACCUGGAGCACCGCUGCAAUUCAACCCAGCCGGUAAUCGGUACACGGUUCAUAAGAACCAAGUGAAUUUCCAAUCAUGGAGCUUCAACUAUGGCAUGAACGUAAACUCUGGUCUGCGUCUUUUUGAUAUCCGAUUCAACAAUGAACGGAUUGCCUACGAAAUUAGUACCCAAGAGGCAAUGGUGAUUUAUGGAUCUAAUACACCAGGAGGGAUGAUCCUCAGAUACCUGGACAGUAGCUUUGGCAUUGGAAGAUUCUCAUUCGAAUUAGUCCGAGGCGUUGACUGUCCUCAUCUUGCCACUUAUAUCGAUGCUCAUUAUCUUAUGGAAUCUGACACUCCUGACACAAAUAAGAAUGCCAUAUGUAUCUUUGAGCAGAACUUGGGUGUACCCUUGCGUCGGCACUAUUCCAAUAUGCACGGCAUGUAUUAUGGAGGACUCCCCAGCACUGUGCUGAUCGUCCGAGCCGUGUCAACCCUCAUAAAUUAUGAUUACGUUUGGGAUUUUAUCUUCUACCAAAAUGGAGUUAUUGAAGCCAAGAUACAUGCCACAGGAUAUAUCAGCUCUUCAUUCUACUUUGCCAAUGGAAAGGAGUACGGGUCUAGGGUUGGCGAACAUACGUUGGGAACAAUUCACACACAUUUUAUCAGUUACAAAGUGGAUUUGGAUGUUGGAGGAAUUGACAAUUCAGUCAUGACUCAGGAUAUGCAAUUUAAUCCUGUAAACAUACCAUGGCAACCGGAGGUCAAGAUACAACAGCCAAAGGUGGUACGAAGCGUAUUGGAGACAGAAAACCAGGGAGCAUACGAGCUGCACGCCAAGGCGCCCCGUUACAUCCACUUCACAAGCAACACGACCAACAAGUGGGGUCACCCUCGCUCCUACAGGCUCCAGAUAGUCAGCUUUGCUGGAGACUUUUUACCAGAGGAAAGUCCAGUAGAGAAAGCAAUGGGAUGGGCCAGGUACAAGUUAGCGGUGACUAAACGUAAGGAAGAAGAGGCGGAAAGUUCUUCCAUCUACAACCAAAACGAUCCGUGGAGUCCUAGUGUGACGUUCCGUAACUUUAUAAAUAAUGAGAAUAUUCAAAACCAGGACUUGGUUGCCUGGAUCACAGUGGGGUUCCUUCACAUUCCGCACUCGGAGGACCUUCCCAACACGGCCACUCCAGGGAAUGCUGUAGGGUUUCUCCUCAGGCCCUACAAUUACUUUGACGUAGAUCCUUCUGUGCAUUCAGCAGACGGAGUUUAUUUCCAGAGUGAACAGGACUAUGGGUCUUGUGAUGUGAACCAUCUUGCCUGCUUAUCCGAAAAAGCGUUCUGUAUACCCAAGAUCCCUCCAUUCACCUAUGAAGGCUUUAAGACUCUGGUGAACUUAUAAUGUCAUCUUUAUUUAGUUUUUGUCUUGGAAAGAGACGUCACGAUGAUGUCAUCCAGUCUGAGCAUCAUCCAUCACAACCGGUUUAAACGGCAGCUUAAAAUGGGAGUAAACCAUUGUCAUGUUUUAGGUUUAUCUUCUUAUUGUAUAUAUUUUACAGUUAUUUACAUUCACCCCAGAUAAACAAUACCCAUAGCCAGGGGCAUACUUAGAGUAUUUGGUCCUUUAUUUGUAGCCCCCCUCUCUGCUCCUAUAUAGUAGUAGCCCCCCUCUGUGCCCCUACAUAGUAGUAGCUGCUCUCUCUGCUCUUAUUUAGUAGUAGCCUUGUCUCUGCCCCUAUAUAGUAGUAGCCCCCUCUCUGCCCCUAUAUUGUAGUAGCCCCCUCUCUGCCCCUAUAUUGUAGUAGCUCCUCUCUGUGCUUCUUUAUAGUACUUAGGCCCCCUCUGUGCUAAUAUUAAGUCCAUAUAGUUACUUGCCCCCUAUAUGGUAGUUAGGACUCCUCUUUACUAAUAUAUAGUAGUUAUGUCCCUUUGUGCCCCUAUAUAGUAGUUAGACUUCCUCUGUGCCCCUGUAUAGUAGCAGACCUUCUCUGUGCCCCCUUUAUAAUAACAGGCCCCCUCUGUGCUCCUAUAUAGUAGUAGCCCCCAUCUGUGACCCUACAUAGUAGUAGCUGCUCUCUCUGCUCUUAUUUAGUAGUAGCCCCCUCUCUGCCCCUAUAUUGUAGUAGCUCCUCUCUGUGCUUCUUUAUAGUACUCAGGCCACCUCUGUGCUAAUAUUAAGUCCAUGUAGUGAUUUGCCCCCUAUAUGGUAGUUAGGACUCUUCUUUACUAAUAUAUAGUAGUUAUGUCCCUUUGUGCCCCUAUAUAGUAGUUAGACUUCCUCUGUGCCCUAUAUAGUAGUAGCCCCCCUCUGUGCUCCCAUAUAUUAGUAGCUCCCUCUGUGCCCCCUAUAUAGUAGUAACUCCUUCUGUGAUCCCCAUGUAGUAGUAGCUCCCCUCUGUGCUCCUAUAUAAUACUUAGGUCCCCUCUGUGCUACUAUAAAGUAAUUUAGCCUCUGUGCCUCUAUAUAGUAGUUAGGCCCCCUAUGUGCUACUGUAUAGUAGUAGGCCCCCUCUGUGCUCCUAUAUAUAGUAGCAGGCCGCCUUUGUACCCGUAUAUAGUAGAAGACCUCCCUCUGAGUCCCCUAUAUAGUAUUAGGCCCCAUCUGUGCCCCUAUAUAAUAGUAGGCCUCCUUUCUGCCCCUAUAUAGUAGUAGGCCUCCUUUCUGCCCCUAUAUAGUAGUAGGACCCCCUCACAUAAUGCCCCAAUACUGUAGGCCCCCCUACAAAAUGGAAAACAACACAAGUGCAUAGUUUAAAGCAGCAUUCGUCUGGGGAUUUGGUACCCCUCUGGUCAGCGGCACUCGGGGUGGAUGCACCCCCUCACCAGGUACGCCACUGUCCAUAGUAUAGACUCAUAUGAUGUCUACCGUGUUAUGGACAUAUUCUCCCCUGGAUGCAUACAGCCUCCAAAUACUUCUGUAUGACGGUGUGGACAUCCAUGUUGUUGAAAUAUGGAUGUCUACAAGAAAUAACAUUGAUGCAACAAUUUUAAGGAAAACAUAUUUUGUAUAAGACCUGUUUAACUCAAGACAAUGGUUGAUCAAUAUAAACUCCCUACAAUAUUAAUAAAAUAUAUUA